ACAGUAUCUCGACGGCAGAACGAAAAACAUUACGCCUAUGUGUUCAUUCGAAACAGCCAAAUAAAUAAAGCUCAACUCCAAAGGCAAAAGCUCCUUUUGGCAGACAUGUCAUACGGCAAAGCAGAGAGCUUCCGCCCUGUCCCACGGGACUUCAACACCCUCAUACAAACAUGCAGCUCCAACAUCCAGAAGAUCACACAGAACACUGCUCAGAUCAAGAGCAUGGUGAACCAGCUUGGGACCAGACAGGACACCAGUGAACUUCAGGAUCGUCUGCAGCAGAUACAACACUAUACUAACCAACUGGCAAAAGAAACCAACAAGCACCUGAAAGAGCUGGGAUCAAUCCCUCUCCCCUCAUCACCCUCAGAGCAAAGGCAGCAGAAGAUCCAGAGGGACCGGCUGAUGAAUGAUUUCUCAGCAGCUCUCAACAACUUCCAAGCGGUCCAGCGGCGCGCAGCAGAGAGGGAAAAGGAGUCAGUCGCCAGAGCAAGGGCUGGUUCCCGCCUAUCAACUGAAGACAGUUCUCGUGAUGAGAAGCUUGUUUCUUUUGACAACCAAGAGGACUGGGGUCAGAUGACAACCCAGACAGAGGAGGUGGCCAUCACAGAGGAGGACCUGGAGCUCAUCAAGGAGAGAGAAACCAACAUCAGACAGCUGGAGUCUGACAUCAUGGACGUGAACCAGAUCUUCAAGGACCUGGCAGUGAUGAUCCACGAUCAGGGAGAGAUGAUUGAUAGCAUCGAGGCAAAUGUGGAGAAUGCUGAAGUUCACGUAGAGCGAGGAGCAGAGCAGCUCCAGAGAGCCAGCUACUACCAGCAAAAGUCCCGGAAGAAGAUGUGCAUCCUCGCCAUGGUUUGCUCCAUCGUACUCGUCAUACUCGGCAUCAUCAUCUGGCAAGCUUCUAAGUGAGUCGACUCUGCACGACCUAUCUGUCACUACUAUGUUUUGCUCCGCCCCCUCUCACCUGCAAGUACCUGCGUUGGAAUCAUGAAAACAGCAAGAAGAGGCUGAUCACUUGGUUAGCGGAGUGAGAUUGUCCAGAGGGCUGCUCAGUGAUCAGCUCACCUGAUCCGGCCUGUUUCUGUAAAAUAGCUGAAAACCAUUUAAAGUGAGAUUAAGGAGAGGGUGUAGGACUGAGGGGGUAUAGGGGAGAGAUUCCUUCAUUUGCCUCAUUCAUUAAUUUCUUGUCUUAUUUACUGCACUAACACUAUCUGUCACUGUAUUUCAAAUGUAAAAAUGUUAUUGGGAAUGAUAUCCGAAUAGGCAAAAUAAAAAUAAACAACACAGCUUGUUAAAGUCAAUGAAUCUGUGGUUUGUAGGGGUUGUAAAUGAUUUGUUGUUACCUGUUGUUGUGGUACCUGCUGAUGUAAAGUUUGUGGAAAGCCAUAAGCCUUCACAGUAACAUGACACGGGACCUGUUUGACUCCUGGUGGUGAAGGCAGAUGUGGUUGUACUAUACAUGUUGUAAAAUGAGAGUUCUAACAGAUUAUCAGUAUAAAUCAAAUCCAUGUCUGUAAAUAUGACAAAGUGCUGCAUUACAUUCUGCUGAGAACAUUAUGGAUGAUAAACAAUGACAGUAUCUCAAACAUGAAACUCCAGUCUUAAAACGACACGUAUUUAAGUUAAUUUCUAUGACUCCUGACAGUAUGCAUAAUAAAUGUUUUAAACUCUUUUAACACUC